AUGAGAUUCUCAAGACGACUUUUUCAACACUUCCGACAAUAUUUGGAUCAUUAUUCCCAGUACAAUCCUUCACCACUUUCCAUGAAACAGUUCAUUGAUUUUGGGAGUCAGAAUGCUUGUGAGAAAACUUCCUUUGAAUUUCUGCGCAAAGAACUACCAGUUCGACUUGCCAAUAUCAUGAAGGAGAUUAAUCUUCUUCCAGAUAAUCUGCUACAAAUGCCAUCAGUAGCAAUGGUGCAAGGCUGGUAUCAGCUGAGUUUCAAAGAAAUCCUUGCCUAUGAGCAUGCUGAUCCUGAUGAUGCAGAGAUGUUAGAAAAUUUUACAGAAAGGUUGGUGAAGAUCAGGAACAGGCACACCAAUGUGGUGGAGACAAUGGCCCAGGGAGUAAUAGAACUGAAGGAAUCUCAUGGCAUUGACAGUAACACAGAAACUCGCAUUCAGUAUUUUUUGGAUCGAUUCUACAUGAGCAGAAUCAGUAUUAGAAUGUUGAUUAACCAGCACACUCUACUGUUUGGUUCUCAACUAUCUCAAAAUACACGCCAUAUUGGUUGCAUAGAUCCCAACUGUGUUGUAAUUGAUGUUGUCAAAGAUUCUUAUGAAAAUGCCAAGUUUUUGUGUGAUCAGUAUUACCUCACAGCUCCAGAAGUGAAGAUUACAAGUCUCAAUGCUACAGCUGAAGAGAAAGCUGAACAAAUUCGAAUGGUAUAUGUUCCUUCACAUUUAUACCACAUACUUUUUGAGCUGUUCAAGAAUGCAAUGCGCGCAGUUGUUGAAUUUCAUAAUGAAGAUGUGGAGUUGCCACAUCUGGAAGUGAUGAUAACUAAAGGAGUAGAAGAUGUAAGCAUAAAAAUGAGUGACAAAGGUGGUGGUAUUCCACGAAGCAAGUCUGAAAUGCUCUUCCAUUAUAUGUAUUCAACUGCUCCACAGCCAAUGCGUUCAGAUAAUGGAUCUGCUCCACUUGCUGGCUAUGGUUAUGGUUUACCAUUGUCUCGUCUGUAUGCUCGAUACUUUCAUGGAGACUUGAUCUUGAGUUCUGUGGAAGGCUGUGGAACAGAUGCUUUCAUUUAUUUAAAAUUAUUCCCAAGUGAGGCAAAUGAGCUUUUACCUGUAUAUAAUACAACUGCAUCUAAAAUGUAUCAUUCAGACACCUUAAUAUCUGACUGGAGCUCUCCCGGUGCUGGAACGACAAUGAGUAGGGGUUAG